UACAGUAGAUCCUUCUUCAAUACUUCAUGUGUAGGGGCCCUUGAUCAUCGUAAAACAAAUCAUUUUCCCCAUCAAAAACAUGUGAAUCUGUAUCUCAAACGAGGGAAACAUCACUCCCCAAGUCAAUUCUCUCCCUUAUCGCUUUCCCUAUAUAAACAUAUGUGAUUUCUCUGACCUUGAUUAGACCGACGAAGAUGGAAUUGAAAUCAUGUUUGGCCGCUUUGAUGCCAUACAUAGCCAUGAUCCUGGUGGAAUGCUUCGACGUCGGCCUGACCACUAUCAGCAAAGCAGCCAUGUCUAACGGAUUGAGUCACUUCAUCUUUGUUGUAUACUCCAACGCCCUUGCCGCUGCCCUACUACUUCCGCCUGCAUUCAUCUUCAACAGGAAAACCGGACCUCCGUUGACACUUUCUCUCCUCUGCAAGUUCUUCCUGCUCAGUCUGAUUGGAAUAACUAUAAUGCAGAACUGUGUCUUCACUGGCAUCAAUUACAGCUCCCCUACUCUUGGAUCAGCCAUGAGCAAUCUGGUUCCAGUGUUUACCUUUUUGCUUGCUGUUACUUUUAGGCUGGAAAAGAUUGAUUUAAGAAGCUUAAGAAGUCAGAUAAAGAUAUUAGGCACUUUGGUUUCAAUUUCUGGAGCUCUUGUAGUGACCUUUUAUGAGGGUCCUGCUAUCUUAUCAGUAUCUUCACACAUAUCUGAUUCAAAUGUUUUAGCAACCGAAACCAAUUGGGUACUUGGUGGGCUUUUUCUCGCAACUGCCAGCUUCUGUCUUUCGGUUUGGAAUGCUUCUCAGGCAGCAAUUCUGAAAGGAUACCCAUCUGGGAUGACUAUUGUGGCAUUCUACUGUUUAUUUGGGGCAAUCCAAUGUUCCAUAGUUUCAUUAAUCGCAGAGAGAAAUAAUCCCAGUGCUUGGAAGCUGUCGGGAGAGAUUGAGUACAUCUCAGUCAUUUACUCUGCUGUCUUUGGUGGUGUUGUGACAUAUUGCAUAAUGACAUGGUGUAUUUACAAGAAGGGACCUAUUUUUGUGGCGUCGUUCAAACCUGUCAGCAUUGCCAUUGCUGCCAUAUUCAGCUAUGUUUUUCUUGGAGAGUCACUUUACUUGGGAAGUGUCAUUGGGGCCAUUUUUAUAGUGAUUGGAUUCUACGGAGUAAUGUGGGCAGGGACAACAAAUGAGGACAACAAGAAGAAGGAGCCUUAUAUGUUUCUUAAGUAGAAUCUGACCUCGUUUUAGGUUAGAUUGUAGAAAGUGUAAAAAUUGAAACUUUGUUAUUGUAUUGAAUGAAUAAUUUUUUUACUUAUAAUA